CGCUUGCUCAGGUGCAGCCUUAGCUUCGUCACUCAGCCUUCUCCCGCUGGCGGCUCUUCCUAGUCAGAUACCCAGUGGUGUUUUCCUUCCGCUUCAUUAUUGUGGAUCAGCGCAUUCAUGGUGACUUGAAAUAGACACGAGGCACGUUUCGCCGCGAGUGCAUCCAUAGUCUAAGGCCGGCGAGCUCCACGUAGACGGCUUCUUCCCAUGCCCUAAGACGCAAUGGACGACCACGAAUGGACAUGGUCUGAGAAGUUUCAGGACUAUUACAGGUGGCAACUGAGAAAUGUUCCCGGGAAAGCACGUUAUGAUCUUAAAUGGGGACGGAGCCUAAUCAGUCGUGACGAACAGAGUCCUAGUUCUGUUAAUACCUCUCUGCCCCCUUCUACGGCUGAACAGAGCGAUAAUGCCCGAAACGCAAUCGUACCCGGUACAAAUAACAGCACUCUCCCAUACCAACUAUCAAGCGUGAACUUUCCGAGUAUUUCAGAGGUCCAGGAUCAGUACCAACCUCCAGAAUUCAUCCAGCUCGACCCAACCUUUCGAGGGAAUAAUUCGUCGCCAUCGUUUUCGUACCAGCGAUUGGCUAGGCCCUUAGGCUCGGAGGAUACAUUGUCCACCACAGGGCCGGGCAUAAACACACCUACUACGAGUGCGGACACUUCAAGGCUUUCUUAUUCCACGCCUGGAAGUGAACAAGGCACAGGCCGGUAUGAUGACGAUACGGUGCGCACAGCGUCCCCUGACCAAGAUAUGACAUCCCGCCUUGGCACACUCAGCUUAACACAUGAAACCGGUUUCGAGACGAUACGCAAUCCUAGAGCUUACUUUAAGAAAGGCAGGGUAUUCAAAGUCAGUUGGCCAGAACCAAGGGGUGAAAUGGGUCCGAGUACCAGCCUUUCUGCCGUAUCGAUUCGUGCCGAUACUCCAACGCAACUGUCCCUACCACAAACACACGGUGCAUUGGAUAGCACAUCUGUGUUAGAUGGCAUGUCGGGUGGUACAACCCUUCAUGUAAAGACCCGAAUGUUUGUAGUCAUACGGCAGAGGGCCCAACAUUGUCUCUGCCUACCGAUAUACACGUACUCGCAACAGGGCACAUCAAAGGCUGGCGUAAAGCCAGAAGACCAUGCACCACUCAUCAAAGAGAACACGGAGCUUAUAUUGCAUCCAGAAGAGCAGGGGAGCAAACUUCAAAGACCAAUCGUUCUGAUAUUGGAGGACACUACAUUACAGUGGAGUCCACUUUCCCGAAUCAACAUCUCAAAGGUUCAGAGCGUGGAGUAUAAUCUUAAGGUGAAGACAGUAGGACGAAUAUCACCCGAUUGCUUAUCAGACCUGGAGACGAUGUUCCGGGACGCUAUCGGGCUGAGCGAGGACUGAAACAUGUAUUCAGUCGGUAAAAUUGCCUUGAUGCAAUUGAUGGGGCUGGGUCCAAGAAUGUACCAGCGAACAACUCGUCAUGGUUACAGUCAGGACAUCCACCUGAGUGUUCGAGGAUUUAGGGAUGAAGUUCGAUUACAUUGCAUGGAGUCUGCUUCAAGAAAUACGUUUAAUUCACAAACUGGACCGAGAGGAUCUGCUUUCGGUUUCGCCACAUUGCUUCUUGUAAAGCUGGAACCGUUGAGGUAGCUGCUAGCUAGAAUGCUCGUCAAAGACGAGGUUCUGAAGUGUCCUUGGGGGCCUUGGAAUCAAGAUAUCACGUCGUGCACUUCACCAUUCAAGAGGUACAGUUUUUACAUCAAGCCAAAAUGUUCCCU